ACUACCGUUGGGCUUCUCUAAGAAAACCCGAACCCAUCUCAGUUUCUUUCUUCCCGUGGACUUUGGGCAAAACCCUAACUACCUCUGUGACUGUGAGUUAGCUUCAACAAUUUGUUGCAGAGCAUAACAUUCUACCAUGGCUACCAUACCCGUUAAUCCCAAGCCUUUCUUGAACAAUUUGACUGGGAAGCCUGUGAUUGUGAAACUUAAGUGGGGAAUGGAGUACAAGGGUUAUCUCGUUUCUGUUGACUCCUAUAUGAACUUGCAGCUGGCCAACACUGAAGAGUACAUUGAGGGACAGUUUACUGGAAAUUUGGGAGAGAUUUUAAUCAGAUGUAACAAUGUUCUGUAUCUACGAGGAGUACCAGAGGAUGAAGAAAUCGAAGAUGCUGCAGAAGACUAGAGAGUGAUAAAUGCUGCUAACUGUUAUGACAUAAACUGAACUCAAUUUAUUUUUUCAGUCUUUGUAUUUUAGUUUAGAUUGUAGUUAUGUGUAGAGAUUUGAAUCAAUGAUGCACUCGCGUGUGAAUAGGGUGCCUAUGUUAUAGUUCACAUUCUUUCAUGUGCUUCUCCUUAUAUCUCUUAAUGCAUUAUGGUUUUCAAAUA